GUUACAAUAAUUACGGAGCUUGGAUUUCAUUUGGGUGUUUCUGAAGUUUCUGAUCCCUUAAAUGCUGGAAAAUAUCGUACUUCGAAAUUUCUUGAGUUCCGGCAUUUGUUGAUCUGACGCAGUAGACUCCCUGAUAAGAUCCCCUUUUCUGUGAAGGCACCUCGAGAUGCCGUGUUGACUUAAUUUGAGGGUGUUGUAGGAAUGUCACACUAAGCCAAAUGCUUUAAAGCAUAUUACUGAAGUUAGGUGUUUUUUCUUGGACCCAUUGGUUCACGAGCCUGUUACCCCUAAAGAUCCAUGAUCCGUAGCUUUGCAGUAACAUGGGAAGUUUGAGCUCUCAGAAUCCAGAAAGUGAGCAAGGGGCGUCAUGUUUGUGAGUCUGUGGGUCUUUUACUUGGAUAGUCUCAUCAGCCACCCCCUGCUGACCAAAUGCUGCACCUCCGCUGUUGGCUUCAUGAUUGGCGACAGCAUAGCUCAGAUACUCAGUCGAGACCCCCAUAGCAUUGUGCGGACACUCCGAUUUGUGACCAUAGGAUUUUUCAUGCAUGCCCCUGUCGCUGACGCUUGGUUCACCUAUUUGGAAAAGGCCGUCUACGCGGAGACUCCAGCAAGCACGCGAGCAGUGCUGGCCAAGAUGGCGCUUGACCAGUUCCUGAUGGCACCUGUCUUCCUGGUGGCCUUUUUCUUCGCCACCAAGACACUGGAGGGGCAGCCGCACAAGCUGCUGGAGACCCUUCGCGGAACUUACAUUCGCACUCUGCUUCUGGGCUACCUGAUCUGGCCGCUCGCGCACAUCAUCAAUUUCAAAUUCGUCCCCAAUGAUCUGCGCAUACUCUACGUCAACUUUGUACAGCUGGGCUGGAACGUUGUCCUGUGCCGGAUGAGUGGCUCAUCUGCAGUCAGGCAGCCGGAGCCUCGCAGGUACAUCGAGAGGAAGGUGUCUCAGCACCUGAGAGGCAUUGAGAUUGUGGAGAAGCGCAAGUCCCUGCCCCGCCUGACCACUUCAGCGUUCCGGGGCAGCACUCCCUGAUCAUUGGCACAGCUUCUGUUCCAUGCUGCAUGCAGUCAUGAAACCAUAUGGAAUAUUACUUUAGAUGAUGGUGCUGCAUGAAAGGUCACUCGAUAUCUUGAACCUUCAGUCUUUCUAUACUGUAUGAUCAAGCGGCGGAAAUCCUGACCAAGCCGUUUCCAGCUAGGCGCUAGUAGAUUCUGUAGGUCAUGUGUUGUCAUAGAUGUCACGCAGAGCAGCGUUCUUAGGUCACAGCACUUUUUUCUGCAGAGAAUUGCCGGCACAAAUUUCUAGUUCAUUAAAUAUUCCAUGGAUUGCACAGCACAUCUGUCUGGACUCGUGUUUAAUAUGAAAGAACAAACAAAAUUGAUUGUACUUGAAUUAUUUGCCAUGUAAGCAUGAUUACGUAAC